GUCACCCUCUCCUCAUUGGCUUCAACCACGCGACAUUACACAUUACACUUCGUCCCUAUCGGUCCCUAUAUUUCUUUGUCCGUGUUAAUAACACAAUAAUGUAGUUUUAUUUCUGUUUCAUGCACGAUACACACACAAAUACACACAUAUUUACAGAAUAUAAAACUAUCUUGUUUUGAUAUGAAGAAACAAAAUAUAUUUAUUUUUUGUAGUUAUUGAAUGCAUCAGAAAAAAGGAUAUAAAGGACAAAAUGGAUAAAAAAUGUUCGCCUGAAGAAAUUGAAAAGAAGCGUUUGUUGGCAUUGCAAAGGAGGCAACAAGCCCAACUGAAAACACAAACUACACCCACAAAUAGUCCAAUACAACAACUAAGAUGUAACGAUAGUACAAACGUUUUGAGACCAAAUAAAUCGAAUAACCGUUUCAAUCCUAUAGAAGCAAAGAACUUUUUUAGUCGAACUUCGGUUUUAACAGGCAAAUGUUAUAUGAUUAGCAAUGAAAGAUUUGCGUUAGAAACAUCUUCGUUUGUACCUGCAAUUAUUGAAACAUUCAAAACAUUACCAAGUAGAGCAUAUGAUGUAAAAUCUAGAACAUGGAAUUUUCAUAUCAACGAUUAUGACAGUUUAAUGGAGAAACUGAUGCAUCAUGAGCCUAAUAUAUCUGUUACAAGAAUACCACAGACUAUUCUGCAGAUAUUUAAAAAAAGCUUAAAGUCAGAACAGGAAAAUAUACUCAAACAAGAUCUAACAAAAAUUGAUAAAAAAUUAACAGACUGUUUAAUGCCGUUUCAACAAGAUGGCAUCUGUUUUGGUAUAUCAAAAGGUGGUCGUUGCAUGAUUGCAGAUGAUAUGGGAUUGGGGAAAACUAUACAAGCGUUAGGCAUAGCACAUUACUUUCAAGAAAGUUGGCCACUUUUAAUUGUAGUUCCGUCAUCAGUUAGGUAUCAGUGGUCUGAAGCGAUAUAUCAAUUCUUACCAUCUAUACCUAUGCAUUAUGUUCAUCAUUUCGCAAAUGCAAGAGAUUGUAUUGGAGAUGAUAAAAUCACUAUAACUUCAUACGAUCUAUUAGUGCGAGCUGUAGAUACUUUUGAGAAAUAUGUAUUUGGAUUUGUUAUUCUGGAUGAAUCUCACGUGUUGAAGAGUAAUAAGACUGCUAGAUUUCAAGCUGCUCAACGGAUAUGUGCCCAUGCACGUCAUGUUGUACUGCUCACUGGGACUCCGGCUUUGUCAAGGCCAAUUGAAUUGCAUUCUCAAAUCAAUCUGAUUUUACCACGUUUUAUAAGGUAUGAAGAUUAUGGUAUACGAUACUGCGCAGGGCAGAGGAAUAUAUUUGGAUGGGACUUUACAGGUUCCUCAAAUAUGCAAGAAUUACAAUUGUUGUUAAAGGCUACUUGCAUGAUUCGAAGGUUGAAAGCUGAUGUGUUAAACCAGUUGCCAUCUAAGAUAAGGCAAGUGAUUAUUUUAGAUCCAGUUUUGAUCAAAAGUCGUAAGCGAAUGAACGAGAUGUCAAAACAAUUACAGGCAAAUAUUACAAAUUUGGAGAGGCAAAGUACUUUAUUGCAAUAUUAUACCGAAUCUAGUUUUGCAAGACUAAAAGCAGUAUGCAAUUACGUUACCACUUUAUUUGAAAAUAAGAGGAAAUGCCUUUUGUACGCUCAUCAUAAAAAUAUUUUGGAUGCCAUUUGCAACGUUGCUGAAUCUAUGAAGAUAAAAUAUAUAAGAAUAGAUGGCAGAACUAAUCCGGAGCAGAGAAAACAUCAGAUCGAUAAAUUUCAGGAACGGGAUGAUUACUUGGCAGCAGUUUUAUCAAUUACUGCUGCAAACGCAGGUGUUACAUUAACGGCCGCGCAUCUCGUGGUCUUUACUGAAUUAUUCUGGAACCCUGGUAUUUUAUGCCAGGCAGAAGACAGAGUGCACAGAAUCGGGCAAAACGAUAACGUUAUAAUCCAAUACUUGGUGGCGAAAAACACCGCAGACGAUUACAUAUGGCCUUUGAUAAAAAAGAAAUUGAAUGUUCUGAAUGCGGCUGGUCUCGAUCAAGAUUUAUCGAUAGACAAUGUUGGCAUCACGGCACAGAAAGAACAUGGACAACAAGAUCUGACUUCCUUUAUGGAUAUCUCUUUAUCGCCAGGAGAGCAGUCGCAAUCACAGGAAGAAAAGAAUGAUUCAGUUUCAGAAGCAUCUGCCUCCACAAACGAUUUUAAACAAUUACUCGAAAUUGAUGAAGAAUAUUUCGAUUCCUGCAAUUGGGAUGAUAUUGCUUGAUUGUGUAAUGACUAUAUUAAAUGUUUUCUAUUUUCUAUAAAAAAAAAACUUUAUUAUGUUAAAAAAAUAAAGAUCUAUUUCCCUCAGA